UGGCCAACUUCUCUCAGAGGGUGGAGGAUUGUGAAAGGGUGGAGUUAAUCAGUCCAACACAUCACUGCAACAAAUUAACAAUCACUUUCGUCGCGUUUACUCGCAAAUCCCACCAUGUCCACGGCGUUCAGGUCUUGCUUUGUGCUCAGUGGCUUCAUCCUAGCGUACAUCACUUACUUGAUAUUGGGAGCGCUUGUUUUCUCUGCCAUCGAGCGGCCCGUCGAAGAGACCCUGAAAUCAGACCUGAACUCCCUGAAAGCUGAGUUCCUCAACCUGAGCUGCAUCAACGCUACGGCCCUUGAAGGUUUCCUCGAGAGAGUUUUAAAAGCGAAUAAAUACGGCGUGUCGAUCCUUGAAAAUGCCUCGCUCCGUACAAACUGGGAUUUGGCGUCUUCACUGUUCUUUGCCAACACGAUGGUCACGACAGUGGGAUACGGCCACACUACGCCGCUCUCUGAUGCGGGUAAAGCGUUCUCCAUCGUGUAUGCUUUGAUCGGAGUGCCCUUCACCAUGCUGGUGCUCACAGCCUGCGUCCAGCGCCUCAUGCACCCCCUGACCUACGGGCCGAUCUCCCUGUGCCAGCAGCGGGCCGGCCUGCACCGCCGCACGGCCAGUGUUGUGCACUUCAUCGUACUGAUGGUCCUGGUGGUGCUCGGCUUCUUCGUGAUUCCGGCGCUGGUGUUCAGCGCCAUAGAAGAAUCCUGGUCUUUCUUGGACGCCUUCUACUUUUGUUUCAUCUCCCUCUGCACUAUAGGACUGGGGGACUUUGUGCCAGCAGAAAAGCCAGGACAGAGACUCAGAGCUUUGUACAAGAUAUCAGUCAUGGUGUACCUGUUUGUGGGCUUGAUGGUCAUGUUCCUGGUCCUUCGCACGUUCCACAAGCUUGCAGAUGUGCACGGGUGGACCGCUUUCUUCCAGCUGCCGAGUUGCGAGGAGGAAGAUGAGUAUAAAGAGCCAAUAAUAGAUGGCAAGCCUGAUGACGAAUCGCCCGAGGCUGAGAAGGCCUCAAUAAAGCAGCGGGAUCCCAACUCUCAAGUGUCCUACAACUCCAUAAAUGGAUAAAAUACUAGAUCUUUCCUCAUUCGCAUAAGAUCACUUCUUUCUGCUUUGUCCUGCACUGGUAAGUUGUCUUUAACUGCAGCACCUCCGAGGUCAAGUCAGUCGAGUAUGAACACGUGCGAUACAACACACCUCACUGUUGGGCAGAACAUCUUGGAACAAAGCAUCUGGGUGGAUUGUACCAUUUUCAUGAACCAUAUGAUUAUUUUUUCCCUGUUUGGAGUUUUCAAAUUUGAUCUUCAAGACUUUAGUAAUGUUGCCAUUCUUUUAGGAAAUUGAAAACGUGCUCAUUGUGUCCUACGUGUGAAUGUUCUCUGUGGUUUUGUGUAGGAUUUGUAACUGAUUGCUAUUUUCAUAUUCAGAUAUAUUUCCAGACUAUUAAUUUUUUUUUUUUUUUUUUUUUGGACCAAGACCUCGCAAUCUUGACAGAAGAACAGGAAGACAAUGCCGUCCAGUAUGAAAUGAAUUGAAUCAUUGCUUUCUGAGCUAGCUGAUGUUGGUUUUUUAUGCCUUGGGAUGUGUGGAUCUUCAGAAGCACUUUAUAACUGGCUUUUUACAUUUUAUAAUUGACAGCCAAUGACUGAAUGCUGGACAGUCUUUAUUGUGGUAUUGCACAUUCAUUCAUUGUUCUUUGUAUUAUUAUUAUAUAGUAAAUGUUGGAU